GUUAGAUCUCUUCAGGCACCAAAAUAAUUCUUAGUCUAGAUUACUGGCUGGCUGACUGCCGGGGCAGGUUAUUAAGAGGACCGCAUCCCGCUCCCUGAGUCUACGAUCUCUAUCUCUUCGUCUACGCCGUAUUCCUCAGUUCUUCGUUAACUCGACGUUUUUAAUCACUGCUCUAGACUCAAUCACAGAGCGUUGCAUAUCAUGGCCCAGAAAAUGGCGAUAAACAUAGCAGCGAAUAGAACAGUCGACGUUACCCUGCGAGCGCUACAGCUCAUCUUCGCCAUCAUCGUCAUGGGUACAGACGGCUGCGCUAUCCACGUCUAUCGCGGCCACACUGACUACGUGCACUUCAUAUACGGCAACUUCUACGCUUACGCCGGCGUCCCUGACGAGUGGGGCUUCUUGAUGUUUUGUGCUGGGUGGACAUUUCUGGGCGUUAUCUUUCUCUUCUUCACUGCAGGAAUCAGCUUCGCAGAGCAUGCAGUGAUUGGCUCUGUUUCUGUCAUUGUUGAGGUUGUGGCUCUUCUCUCAUGGCUCGCGGGUUUCAUUGCCGUGGCUGUUAAUGUGGGGAGUAAUCCGUGUCCGGCGGAAGAGAAUGACUGUGUGUUGCUCAAGGUUGCAAUAGUCUUCGGCGCAUUAGAAUGGCUGGUGUUUGUGAUUACGACUAUUCCGACCAUAAAGCUUGUCUUUAACAGCACUCGCCGGCAGAAGACAUCGACCAUCGAGACCACGACACCAGUUUAAGGCACGGGAUGAUGACAUUCCCAGUGAGCAACACAACUAUGAUUUCCAACACAGAUGCCCAAAAACAUACUUUCUAUGUCUUUUGUAUCGUGUUUGUUGAGACGCCUCGAAAUAAAUAGAGGUUAUGCUAGAG